AUCACCCAGACAAAGAGGCGAUGAUGCUUCUAAUUUUGAGCAACUGCUCGUGGUAAAAGCCGACGCGUAAUAGUGCGCGAAAAACGAAUGCAUUGUGAUUACGUGUGUAUUUUCAAACCGACACAGGGAAAUCAUUUUAUCUUUUUAAAAAAUGGCGUGAUUUACAAACCACGUCUGUGUUGAUCUUGGGUCUCCCUUAACAGCCCAUAAUCACUGAUAACGUAAUGUACAAAACGUUGCAACUGUAUUUCAGACGACCAAUCGCAGCGAGGAGGGAGACAGGCGACAGCAGACACCGGAUUUGCCACUAACGGUUUAUUAUUGGACUUUGAUGGCCACCGUCAAUCUCUCGGCGUUCUUAUUCCUAAAACAUUUACGCAGUUGCGUUUUUUGUUGACUUUCCAGUCCGAUCGAGAUAUUGGCGUUCAAUUGCGCAGCUAGAACGUGUUUAUUUUGAGGACCCAACUCCAUCACAUUGUCAUGGUGGCAACGACUAACGGUUUGACGUCUUGGAUUUUUUUUUCUUUGGGUGAUGUGAAGCCCUCCGAAAUAAUGCUGAAAAAGUAUAGAAAACCCUGAAAGAAAGCAUUUGAAAUGCACCACAUAUUCCUUGGAAUUUGAAUUUCCGAUAGUUUCAUUUUGAGAAAUCAAGAAGCAUUCGCCUCAUUACCUUUCAAGAACUGAAUAGGAAAAAAUGUUCGGUUUACUUGUGCGCUCGGUUUUCGAAGCUGGACAAGACAUUUUUCGCGGAUCAGUGCUGUCCGAAAUCGUCCAACAGUGGAUCGGUUCCAAUUUUUUAACUCUUGUCUCCGUGCUGCUUGGGGGUGUGGUUUUCUUUGUUAUUGUUUCGUUCAGGAGACGUGGACAGCGUGGGAUUUCUUCCACCUUCACUGUCGAUUUCAACAAUGCAGACGUCUCCCUCGAACAAGUCCUGCAAACACCCUUUCGCCUGACGGUGAAAAGGAGCAGACAGGACCCAACAAAGAAAAAAAGAAAAGAGAAGGAGAGAGACCAGCCAAACGGGCAUCCGGCCGCCGCGCCUGACGGCAGUAUUGCAGACAGCGAGGCCACACGGAGUCCUGCUCGCCCAGACGGCAAACCUUUGAAGCCUAAGAAAAAGAAAAGGAAGACUGAUGUUUCGGAGAAGAGAGUCGUUCUGCUGUCCAAUGACCUGUUCUCUACCAAGGACAGGACUGAGGAAGAGGAGACUGGGGUUUGGGAGAGGAAGAUGAGCAGCAGAGAGAAGAGGCAGAUGAGGAAGGAGCGGAUGAAGAGAAAAGAGAAUCCCAGAGGGGGGUCCCAACAGCGCCCCCCGAUGGCGGAGAUUCGUUGGAACGUCCCGCCCCACCCGGAGGGGGAGUGGCAGCCACGCCCGUCGGGGGGGGAGCCGCGGGGCCCGGAGGCCCGGUCCACUGGGGGCCCCCCCCGGAGAGAGGGGCGGCCCCAGGAGCCGGGGAAGGCGGAGAAGACGAGCCGCAGGGCGGUGGAGUGGGCGCCCCCUAGUGGGCUGGAGGAGGACAUCUUCUCACACGUGGGGACGUGGGAUUCGAAAGACGUGAAGGCCGAGCCUGUCACGUUCGGGACUGUCCCUGACCUGUCUUCUGACUUUGGCAACGGCUCAUCGCUUCCGAGUGCUCCCCGGGAGGAGUGGAGCGCUCAGACGGCGUCUCUGGGCGUGGAGGACGCCUGGCUGAGUCUGGAGGACCCCUCUGAACUUGACCAGACGUCGGACUGGAAGCCUCCCAGAGAGGAGUGGGGUAACUGGGCAGGGGAAGACGGUGCCCUGGGGCAGGAGGCGGGGCAGGGUCAGUGCCCGGGGAGGAAGACGAGGGGGGGUCAUGACCUGGCAACCGAACGGGGAGCGGAGAAUAAGGCCACGCCCACAUCCGCGGACGACCCCGAUGGUAAAAAAGACAGGAAGAAGAAGAGGAGAAUGAGGAAGGAAACCUGACAUUGCCACCUGAAGCGGCCAAGUGGAUCACAGUUGGAGUACGAUGUCUCUACUUUACCUGGGAAAAGCUUCGCUUUUAGAAGGGCUGGCCAAAGAACAAUUACCAGUGCAGAUCGCUAGCGUGUGUGUGCGUUUCCGAGUGUGUGAGAGAGAAAUGGAAAACGAAAGAGAGAGAGAGAGAGAGAGAGAAUGCAUGGGAGCAUGACGUGGAAACGAAAGAAUGACAGAGCAGGUGAAAGAGAGGACGGAGAACGAGAAUGCGUGAUGGAGGGAGAGAUAAAAAGGGAUGAGUGUGCAGAAGGUUCCAUUCCCAGGCACACCCUGGGGUGAUCCAUUCAUUGGCUGAGAGAAGGAUCUGGAGCUCAGAGACCCGCAGGAAACACGACCGG